GUCACGGAAGGAAAAUGCCAGAAAAUGAGAAUCCGCGGAUGGCAUUGCUACAUAGUGUUUAAUUGUGCCCUCAUAAUCCCUUGUUUUUAUGCAAAACCAGUAUCUUUAAAUGAAAUAAUUGCCGCAGAAAAGCAGAAAGCCCAAGUAUCAGAAUCUACUCCUAACUUCAAAGUGAAAGGUUUGGUUGGAAAGCCGAUAUCUUUAAAUGCAAUAAUUGCUGCAGAAAAUCAGAAAACCUACGAAUCGAAUCCUACGACUGAACGAAAAACAAAAGGAACUGAAGUGAAACUGAGGAAGAGCAAAUUUGAAUUACACGGAACCACUCGUAUGACAAAAUCUAAGGAAGCCCAAGUAAAAAGUACCCCUUUAAUUAAACAAAUAGCUUCAUUCAAGAAUAACCGAGCUAACUUUGAAAGUAUUCGAAAUAGAUUCAAACCUCAAGACAUACUUAGCAAGCUUCGCAAAAAACGUAAAACCAAAUCAAAUAAACGAGAAAUACUUCAUUAUGAGGGCGUCAAUAGCAAAUAUAUUCCUAUUUUUAGAAAUCUCAACAAGUUUUUUGGUAAAGUACUCCACAAUGACAGAAGCGAAACCAACAAAAUUAAAAAAGGGAAACUUAAACGCGAUAAAAUUGUUACCGAAAGAAACGGAAUGGUAUGUACCUGCGAGCAAAAAUUUGGAUUUGGACGAGCAGAGCCUCUCAUUAAAUCGCGAAAAAAGACAAUUGCUAAUGCCAAGACUAUCUCCACUGAGAUCUCGGUCCCUGAUUCCGAGGCUGCCACCGAGACAACCACUGAUUCUGCCAUGGCUAACAUCCGCGGUAUCGGAUCGAAUAAGAACCUACCCCUACUACUUUCAAGAGAUACCUCUGGCAGUGGGAGAAACCAUCAUGGAAACAGUAAGAGAAGCAGCUCCACAUUUCACGGAAACGUUAAAAGAAAUUUCACCCGGAAUCAUGGAAAUAGUAAACAUAAUUCCAGAAUCCGAGAAAAUGAAUCCUAUACAGAAAGUUAUGAAGAAGAUACCGACAGUUUUACACGAAACCGUACAAGUAGCAGUCGAUUCAGCCGAAGAAAUGGAAAUUUUACCAGAAGUGCAAAUGAUAGAAAGAAGACCAAUGAAGAUAUCGACUUUGAAGAAAACAAAAAAGGUAAAAGCAGACCCAACAAAGAAUUUAAUGGACAAGUUGAAUUCCAAAUUAGAAGAAACCAAACAGGAAGUAAAAUAUUUUUAUCAGAACAUGUUAGAGGAUUACGAGGACAUGUACCCAAGGAUCAAAUCUACGCUAACUCAGAGCCCAUACAGUCCAAAGAAGAUCAUGAAAAAAGCAACGACAAUGUCACAAUCGAUAGCGCCAGUGAUCAACGAAUCAUUGACGGAAGUGGCCCAACUUCCGCAAAAACUAAAGAUGUUGGUACAGAAAAUAUCACAGUAAUAUCUAUAAAUGAUCUUUUGAAUUCAACUUUAACUUUACGUUUCAAAAAUCAUAAAGAAGGUAACGUCACAAUCGAUAGCGUCAAUGAUCAACAAGGCACUGGCGAAAUUGGUUCAAUUUAUGGAAAAACAGAAGAUAUUAGUACAGAAAAACUCACAGUUAUAUCUAAAAAUGAUCUUUCUAAUUCAACUUUAGCUGUACAGUCCAAAGAUCAUGAAGAAAGUAACAAAUAUGGCACAAUCGAUAGCACUUAUUAUAAACAAGGCACUGACGAAAUCAGUCCAAUUUAUGUAAAAACAGAAGACAUUACAGAAAAACUGGCAGUAAUAUCCGUGAAGGAUGUUUCGAAUAUAACUUUACAGUUCACUGGUCAUGUAAAAAAUAAUGAUAACAUUACAAUCGAAAGCGCCAAUAAUAUAAGCGACACUGACAAAAGUAGACCAAUUACAACAAACACAGAAGAUAAUAAUACAGAUAAUCUCACACUUAUAUCUAUAAAUGAUUUAUCGAAUUUAACUUUAGCAUUACAGAGCGCCCCAAAAGGUAAUUUGCCAGUGGUGACAAUUUUUGGUGGAUAUAGUGUUGCAAAAGAUAUAAAUGGGCAAAACAAAUUAUCAGAACAAUCCAUCCAUAUACACUCAUCAUAAUCACAGCUAUCAAAACAUAAAAAUUAUGUGCCAAAUUCAAAGCUUCCAUAAUUAUAACAAUAAUAUGAAUAACAAAGCAAAAAGUAAUAA